AUGGCCGCGACACGAUAUCCCCCGAAUGACCUCCGCCGCCAGGUCGGCUCACCCAGAUCCAAAGGCCGAGGUCGGUUCUCUCCGGCAUCGCAGGGCUCUCUUUCGCUGACGGACAACUCUUCGAAGAAGACGUUUAACGUCGACUCCCCUGCUUUCACACCAUCAAGCCAACCGCAGGUACUCGCAAAGAAAACUACCCUGUCCUCACAAGCCGCGAAUGCGGCUCCAUUUACGCCCCGCGGGGCUGGCACACCAAACCUGCAGCAAACCGCCGAGGCUUCAGUGUUUAAUCCGGCCGCGAUUAGGGAGUUCACCCCGCAGAAUUACGAUAUCGGCAACACGCCACAUGAUAGUUACCGGCAAGAACUGCAGCCUUGGCAGCGGGCAACCUAUGACUUCUUCAUACCAGCCAAGAUGCGAGAAGAGCUCCAGAAGAAGAUGUUCGCCACUCAGCAGGUGAUGCCUAGCUAUCGGUUAACCAACGAAAAGGCCAUCCUCACUGUCAUGAAGGAAUGGAAGAAGAUCAAAAACGGCAAUGUCGUGACGGUCCAUGAAGCGUUCACUACCAGGGAGUUCGGCGACAGCUCCCUAAUUUUCGCUUACGACUACCAUCCACUUUCCAAAACGCUGCAGGAACACCACCUCCAGCCCACUCACGGCAACCGAUAUAGAGCGCCGAGCGCCGUACCGGAGAAUGUCCUUUGGGGCUACAUUUGCCAGAUCACAAACGCACUCAAGACCAUCCACUCGAACAAGCUUGCAGCUCGGUGCCUAGAGCCAAGCAAGAUCAUUCUUUCGGACAAUAACCGGAUUCGGCUUUCGGCUUGCUCCAUUUUGGACGUGGUCCAGUUCGAGAGCAACACUAAAUCGGUUGCAGAGCUGCAACAGGAAGAUCUCGUCAAAUUUGGCAAGCUCAUACUCGCCCUAGCGACCGGUGCCCCACCCGCUCACUUGAACAACAUCCAGGUCGCCCUCGACAGCCUGGUCACGAAGUAUUCGGCAAACCUCAAAGACGCCGUGGCAUGGCUCAUAGCGCCGUCAAAUCCAGGCGAGUCCAAAAGCAUCGAGAACUUCAUCAGCGGCAUUGCCACACACAUGACGGCUUUCUUCGAUCUUGCUCUCCAGGACGGCGACGAAAAGCAAUUCCAUCUUGCGAGAGAACUAGAAAACGGCCGCAUCGCCCGCAGUAUGAUGAAGCUCAUGACGAUCAUCGAGCGUGCCGAGCCCGGCGGCGCGCAGAGUUGGUCCGAGACGGGCGAGAGGUACCAGCUCAAGCUCUUCCGCGACUAUGUGUUCCACCGAGUCGAGGCUGACGGGAAGCCCAAUCUUGCUGUGGGUCACAUGCUGAGCUGCCUUAGCAAGCUCGACGCAGGCAUCGAUGAGAUGGUCGUCCUGACCAGCCGCGACAACGAGACCGUAUUUGUGCUCAGCUACCGGGAACUCAAGCAAAUGUUUGACCGCGCGUUUAACGAACUCGGGGGAACGAGGCGAUUUAAGUCGGCGGAAGAGGAGACGGAGAAGAAUGAGCUGGCAAGAGGUGUGUCAGCAAGUAGCAAACCGGCGAGGUACGAUAUGGCGGCGAUCGAUUGGGAAGGGGGUGAUUCGGUCAGGUUCGCCUCCACGAGCUUGGUCCCAACGAAAACGAUUCGGCCUGUCCCCAACUUGGCACAGCCAUCUCCAGCAAGAAAUGGCCUAGUGUCGGAUGAUCCAAAGGGGCCCACUUUGGCAGACCCUAAACCGACGGUCAUUGUUCCCGCUCUGCCUGAUCCGGGCAAGCUGUUUCCAGAAAAGUACAGUCUGGAGCCGGCGACACCAGCUCUCCCAGACUCCACUCGACCAGGGGCUGUUCCAGCUGUGCCUAACUCAGCGGAGUUGAACCGAAAAAGCGACGAUGGCCUAGCGAGUGCCCCGGCACCAAGGCCAGGGUGGUGGCGACGGGUCUUAGCAUGGGUGGACCAGCAGGCCGAUAUUCAGUAUCCGUCGGAGCACGAUCCAGCCGUGGUACAGGGGCAAUGA